CAUAACAGUAAACAGAAACACCGUCACAUUGACAUUUGACAGUUAAAACUUUUAGGUUAUGUAUAGGUUAUGAAUCUAUGAAAUAUUACAUUAAACAAAGUAAUUGUCGUUUAAAUAAAGUGAAUGAAACUUAAAAAGUUAUGAAAUGGAAGCUGCUACUCUACAAAAGAAGAAAACUACUAUCAGCAAAGGCAAAUUAAAGAAAACUAUUAAAAAUGUUUUAUGUCGACCAGACCCACUGUUUUGGCCAGAAGUAACGGAGGAUGAAAGUAAGAGGUUAGAAAAUGUGUUAAAACGACAUAAAAUCACUAUAGAACAAUUCAAGAAGCCACAUUGGAAAGAUCUGAAAGAUUUGCCUAAAGAACAGCGUCCUAAACCACCUAAGUUAAAAAAACCUGAUGGUCUUCUACUUGGUGUAAGAGAAUGUACAGAAUCUGUACAAAAUGGUGAAUGCUGGGCAAUUAUCAUUGAAGCUAAAGUCAAUCCAAGACUGAUAGUACAACCUGUUGUUGAAUUAUGUACUACAAAGGGUGUCCCAUACAUCUGUUUAAACAACUUGAGAAAAGUCUCCAUGGUCAAUUUUGGAGUUCCGACUAGCUGCUUAGGGAUAAAACGAGACUGUCUUUUGGAUGUAAGGAAAGAAAUAACAGACUUAGCUAAGCAUUACCCAGCUACUAAAAUAACUGAGCAAAUCAAAGGAAAUGAUACUAUAGAAGAAAAAAUGGAUAUUGAAGCAAUUAAAGAGAAUAAUGACUCAACUAAAGCUACAGAAGUGACACCAUUCAAGUUUUUAUAUAGAACUAGUAAGAGUACUAGAGUAUUUGUGCCAACUACUACUACUGCAGAGAAUGGAAAUGUAUCAAAAACAAGUAAACAAUUCAAAGGACAAAACUUCAUAGAAUUCACAGAGAAACAAGACAGCAAGACUUAUAGGAAGAUGUUAUUGAAACGAAUGUCAAACAAUCCAAACAGGGUUAAAAAGAAAUAAACGAGUUUCUAAUGAGA